ACUUUUCUUGAGAAGCAGAAGUAAGGGGAAUCAAACAACCGAGCAGACGAGCAUCGACUUGUGUGUGUGUGUGCACAUCGUUCUCGAGAUUGUCUCUUUAUACGCGGUAAUCGCGAUUUCACAGAAAACAUGUCAAAAUACAAGAUUGUUAUGGUUCGUCACGGCGAGAGCGAGUGGAAUAAAUUGAAUCUCUUUUGCGGGUGGUACGACGCCACUCUAUCAGACAAGGGUAAAAGUGAAGCUGUGUCUGCGGGAAAAGCUCUCAAAGAUGCGGGCUACACGUUUGAUGUAGCUCAUACAUCAGUGCUCACAAGAGCUCAGGAAACCCUCAAGGCAAUCCUGAAAGAGAUCAGUCAGGAGAAUCUGCCUGUCUAUAAGACAUGGCGAUUAAACGAGCGACACUAUGGCGGUCUUACAGGCAUGAACAAAGCAGAGACAGCCGCCAAGUAUGGCGAGGAACAAGUGCAGAUCUGGCGGAGAUCGUUUGAUGUACCGCCGCCACCAAUGGAACCAGAUCACAAGUAUUACGACACGAUAGUGAAGGAUCCACGUUACGCCGAUGGUCCUAAACCCGAGGAAUUUCCCAAGUUCGAAUCCCUCAAGUUAACAAUCGAGAGAACAUUACCUUAUUGGAACGAGACAAUUAUUCCUCAGUUAAAGGAGGGCAAAAGGAUCAUAAUAGCUGCCCAUGGAAACAGUUUACGCGGCAUAGUAAAACACCUCGAUCAAAUGACCAAUGAUCAAAUCAUGGGAUUGAAUCUCCCGACUGGUAUUCCAUUUGUGUACGAAUUGGAUGAGAAUUUAAAGCCUGUUGUUUCUAUGAAAUUCUUGGGCGACGAAGAAACCGUCAAGGCAGCGAUGGCUGCAGUCGCCGCGCAAGGAAAGGUUAAAUAAAUUAUUAAAAACAUCUAUAUAUCAAUCUGUGAAGAAUAUACCUGUUACAUGUCUGUUAAAAGUAUAUUUAUGUAUUAAUGUCUCUUAAAAGUAUUAAUAUUAAUUAUUAUUUAGAUUUUUCGAAACAAAGUAAAAUUGAAAAAGGAAUGAUAGAUGCAUUCUUAAAAAAGCAGUUCUCUAUUGUGUAGGAAAAAAAAUUAUAUAUAUAAUAAAAUGGUAAAGCUUUUGA